UUGACGUUGGCCGUUUAUAAGUUGUCUUUGGCAAAUAACAAGAUGAUAUAUGGUCCAAAUUCACGUGGGAUAGUCGGAUGAACGUUGAGAUAUGUCAGAAAGAACGAAGGAUCUUGACGUGGCGACGUCCUGCCAAGUAGAACGUCUGCAGAAAGAGGCACUAGAGUGUCUUGAAAAAUUCCCAAACAAAGUUACGGACCUUAACAAUAUUAUCGAGAUUUAUGCCCCGCCUUCUGUUAAAAAUGGCAACAUCGAUGAUACGAUCAAUAAAUUCCCUGGAUCAAUAUCAUCAAUUAAUGAGGAUGACAACGAAUCUCCAGAUGAAAUUCCAGUGAAAUUAGACAAAUCCCAAUUUGACUUGCGGUCAUUAACGAGUUACUACACAUUAACGACUUACAACGAUCGCGGAUUCACCCGCAAUGGGACUGGAGUAGGAGGGGGAGGAGUCUGCAAACGUCGUUAUUACAGAGUUCGUGGACCUCACCAUCUACGUACACUUAAUCGCCGUCGACCGGCAGCACUAGGUCAACUGAUUGGCUUUAUCGCCAGCAAAUUAGCAGUAUGCACUAAGAAUAUUAUAAUUACGCCUUCCUCUUACAUCGUCGAACGUAUUAUCUCAACGCUAUUUCGCAGACGUGAAUUAAAAAACGCUCAAUGUGGACCUUGUGCCGACUGGAGCAGUUCACUUUCAGCUUGCGCAACAACUUUAAAAGAUGAUACAACAACUGUUGGUAGAUUUAUCAGUGUCAUCAGACCCGCUGCAGUCCAACUAAUCACAGAUACCACUAUCCUGAAACGGUGGCUUCAAUCCCUGGCUACGAAAAAUAUAACCUCUGUGGAACUCGCGAAUGCGACUCGCAAUACCGAAACCAUCGAUUGCUGGGCGUAUGAAUUGUUUUUUCAUCUGAAACAUCUACAAGUGAAUCGCGCACGUGAAAAAAUCGCAGACUCCGGAAUGACCGACGACGUUACACAUUUGAAUUUAUGGCACCGCAUGGUACAACUGCGCGACAAUUAUAUAAUUUUAUACGAAAUCCUGUACGCGGAUCCUAAAAUUCGCGGUAUCCAAAAAAGUUAAUUUUUCGCGGUUUUUUAUUAUUAUCUUUACUUUUUAUAAAUUUUAUACGUACAUGCCCAUGUUUAUGUACAUUUUUUUGUUAUAACCGAUUUAUUUAUAUUAAAGCAAUAAAUUAUCAGUGAGAAUAAAAUCCAUUAAAUCUAGACGUUUUUAUUUCGUAAGAUCUAAAGCGUAGUAAGACCAGCCUUUGUUACUAACAUUUAUAAAAGUUUGAUCUACUAGUUGUGUUGGCUGGAUUUUAUUCUCAAAGUUGCUAUUACAACAUACUCUUA